AAUAGAUGAGUACUGAUUGAACCUUCUUUCCUUUUUUUUCCUUUUCUCCUCACAUGAAAGGUUUAGGCAUCAUGCGGUUCGUUUUGUACCUCUACUAUUGACUACUUACCAGGUAUCGCCCUCCACCACCACCAUAACCACCACGGCCCACAAGAUUUUUCUGCUGUUUGAUGAUGUGGCCGCAGAUGAAAGAAAGCUCCUUUUCUAUCCCUUGCUCGUCCGAGAGGAUUUAAAGCAGCGUUAGCCGACGACAUAGCCACCCUCUGGUCCUCUCAGUGUAGAUGGACACUUACUCCUCUGGAGAAGAACUGAUAAUUAAAGCCAGGAAGCCUUACACUAUAACUAAGCAACGUGAGCGGUGGACCGAGGAGGAGCAUAAUAGGUUCCUAGAAGCCUUGAAGCUGUACGGACGUGCUUGGCAGCGUAUAGAAGAACAUAUAGGAACAAAGACUGCUGUGCAGAUCAGAAGUCAUGCACAGAAAUUCUUUACAAAGUUGGAGAAGGAAGCCCUUGCUAAAGGAACCCCAAUAGGACAAGCUCUUGAUAUUGAAAUUCCACCUCCCCGUCCCAAAAGGAAACCAUGUAAUCCAUAUCCUCGAAAGAUGAGCAUUGGUCUGCCUACUUCCCAGGUGGAAUCAAAGGAUGGAAAAUUAGGGAAUCCAAGUUCUUCUCUGCCCCAGGCUGAACACAUACUAGAUCUGGAGAAAGAACCAGCUGCUGAGAAACCUGAGGGUGAGAAGUUUGAAGAUGCUAAGGAAAAUCAUGAUGAGGGUGAAUCCAAUAAAUGUUUCAACCUUCUCCAAGCAUCUCCUGGUAUCUCCCCAUCUUCAGCAAACACAUGCUCCUCAACAAUGGCUUCAGGAAAAUCGUCUGUCCUUAAGGAGUUCGUGCCAAUUUUCAAUGAGGUGGUCAAUAGGGAUGAAACUAUUGAAUCCUAUGUUACUGUUGAAGCCGGACCAAAUCAGAAUUCAGACAAAUUUUAUACCAUACAGUCAUUUGAGGAGAAUGGCACUUGUAACAGCAGAAAUUGGGCAAAUGCACACUCUUUAAAUGAUAAACCGGCUCAAAACAAAGGAAAUGUACCGGAACAAUCUGAAAAUAUUGACACCUCGCCAAAAAAUGGUGUACAAUCUCCGAAGAGCCAACCCAGACAUGUUGCGGUGCACAUUCUUGAUGGGAGCUUAAGAAUGAAUGCUCCGAAUGUUUCUGCCCAUAUGCCAUAUGAGGAAUCCUCAUUUCAUGAGAUCGGUGGGGUUAAUUCAAACAUAUUCUCUACUCUUUCUUCAUCUGCUACAUCUCAGCAUCAGAGCAGUGCAUCCAGGUUUUCCAUUAGCCAGCCAUUUGUCGGUUUCAAUCCUAUCUGGACUCCAGUCCAUCAAGAAGAUUACCAUUCAUUCCUGCAUGCGUCCUCUACCUUCUCAAAUCUAAUUGUAUCUGCUUUAUUACAAAAUCCAACGGCUCAUGCUGCAGGAAGCUUUGCUGCUAGUUUGUGGCCAUGCUCAACCACAGAAGCUCCUGUGGAGUCACCUGGAGGAAGUACAGGAGGAUUUACAGCAAGACAGAUGAAUGCAGCUCCAAGCAUAACAUCAAUUGCCGCGGCCACAGUGGCAGCUGCAACUGCAUGGUGGACAGCCCAUGGGCUUUUGCCACUUUGUGCUCCAUUUCACAUGGGUUUAAACUAUGUGCCUGUUUCAGGCUCCGCAGUUCCUGCAGUUACCAAUCAACCAAGAGUUGACAUUACUGAAAGAAGAGAAGAAAUCAGUGGUCCUCCCUUGGAUGCUAAACAUCUGGAACCAGAAUUUUCUGAAGCUCUGCAAGAGCAGCAUUCAACCUCAAAAUCACCGACUUUGUCAUUGUCAGAUUCUGAGGAAAGUAAAGGUCUGAAUUCAAGUAAUAAAUCAACUGCUAAAAAAACUGAUAGUGCAGCAGUGACUGAUGUUAAUGAUUCAAACAAGCCAAAGGGUAGGAAACGGGUAGACCGCUCUUCAUGUGGAUCAAAUACACCUUCGAGCAGUGAAGUAGAGACAGAUGCUUUGGAGAAGCUUGAGAAAGGAAAGGAAGAGUUAAGGGAACCUGUUGUAAGUCAGCCUAUUGCUGAUUCUAGCGGUCGACGAAGUAGAAGCUCCAGCAGUACAAGCGAUUCUUGGAAGGAGGUUUCUGAGGAGGGCCGGCUGGCUUUUCAGGCUCUAUUUUCCAGGGAAGUACUGCCACAAAGCUUUUCUCCUCCACAUGAUUCAAAGAAUAAAGGAAAGAACACUAAUGAGAAAAAUAAGGAUAACGCAGAUGAGAAAGGUGACGAGGGAUAUCUGCUAGACCUCAAUGGGAAGAUGUGCAUGAAUUCUGCCAUUGAUCAAGAAUUGGAGAAUAAUUCGAGUUUAAGAUGUUUAAACAUCACGGAAGGGGACUACUGACUACGGGAAAACUGAAAGUGCGUCGGACAGGAUUUAAACCUUACAAAAGGUGCUCUGUGGAGGCCAAGGAGAACAGGUUGGUAUGUGCUGGAAGCCAAGAAGAAGAAAAAGGUACGAAGAGAAUACGGUUGGAGGGUGAGGCUUCCUACUCAUUGAACAUG